UAACCUGACACCUCAUAAUCUCAAUUCAUGAGUACAACAUCAAAAACAAAAAGCGUAUAUUCAUUUAGUUACGUCACAUCCACCUAGCAACUCAGUGACUCAGUGAGUGAGACCGGCGAUUCAAUCACCUUCCCUUACAAUGGCCGAUCAGAACCAGAAACCUGAGAUCUUCGAGCUCAACAAUGGCACCAUGGACGUCAAAGUUACCAACCUCGGAUGCACCAUCAUCUCCCUCUCCGUUCCCGGCAAAGAUGGGGCGUUGUCUGACGUUGUUCUUGGCCUCGAUUCCGUUGAAUCAUAUCAGAAAGGUCUUGCUCCUUAUUUCGGCUGCAUUGUGGGUCGCGUAGCAAACCGAAUUAAGGAGGGAAAGUUUACACUUGAUGGGGUUGAGUACUCUUUGCCUCUCAACAAACCCCCAAACAGUCUUCAUGGAGGAAAUAUAGGGUUCGAUAAGAAGGUAUGGGAGGUUGUUGAAUAUAAAAAGGGUGAAACCCCAUCAAUUACUUUUAAAUAUCACAGUCAUGAUGGAGAGGAAGGUUAUCCUGGGGAUAUUACCGUUACUGCAACUUACACGCUCAUUUCGGGAACAACUAUGAGGCUUGACAUGGAAGGAGUACCAAAGGACAAGCCCACCAUAAUUAACUUAGCUCAGCAUACCUAUUGGAACUUGGCUGGCCACAACUCAGGAGACGUCCUUAACCAUUCCAUUCAGAUAUGGGGGAAUCAUGUAACCCCAGUCGAUCAGAACACUGUGCCAACCGGCGAAAUAAUGCCGGUGAAGGGCACCCCGUUUGAUUUUACCACUGAGAGUAGAAUAGGCAACACCAUUGGUCAGGUUGGAAUGGGAUACGACCACAACUAUGUGCUUGAUUGUGGUGACGAGAAAGCAGGUUUAAAACAUGCUGCUAAAGUGAGAGAUCCCUCAAGUUCAAGAGUGCUAAACUUGUGGACAAAUGCCCCUGGCAUGCAGUUUUACACGGCAAACUAUGUCAAUGGCGUUAACGGAAAAGGAGGCGCCGUAUAUGGAAAGCAUGCAGGGCUGUGUUUGGAGACUCAGGGAUUCCCUAAUGCCAUAAACCAGCCAAAUUUCCCAUCUGUUGUGGUUAGACCUGGUGAGAAGUACCAACAUUCAAUGUUGUUUGAGUUUUCAAUCGAGUAAAGUGAUGAUGUGACAUUGGAAUGAGGAAGACGUUUUUUUCUUUUUUCUGUUUCCAUACUUUGGUUUGGAACUCAAACAACGGUGUUUCCCACAAUAAGUAAAAUGUGUGUUUGUCUUUUA